AUGUCCUCCAAUGAGAAAAUGUCCAUGGCAGAUUUGAUGGAGAACCUUAGGGAAGAGCUCACCUGUUUCAUCUGCUUGGACUAUUUCAGCAGCCCAGUGACCACCGAGUGUGGGCACAGCUUUUGUCUGAUGUGCCUCCUCAAGAGCUGGGAGGAACAUAACACCCCUUUAUCUUGCCCUGAGUGCUGGAGGACUUUGGCAGCCCCUCAUUUCCAAGCCAACGAGCGACUGGGGAGACUGGCAAGCAUAGGCAGGCAGCUGAGGACCCAGGUCCUGCAGAACGAGGACGAGCAGAGCAGCUGUGGGAGAAUGCUGGGAGCCAGCAAGGUGUUCUCUGAUGAUGAGCAGAGCGUAGUGAAUUUUUCAACACAAAGUCAUGGGUUGAACAGGGCGUACUUCUCAAGCGAGGCGGAGAAGCAACACAAAGAAAAACUCCAGGAUAUCAUACCUCUUUUAUGGAAAAAGAAGAAAGAAGCUCAGGUCAUCCUGAACCACGAGAAGGAGCGAGUGAUACUGUGUAAGGAAGAGACAAAGACUUGUAAGCAGGUCGUUAAGUCUGAAUAUAUGAAGAUGCACCAGUUUCUGAAGGAGGAGGAACAGCUGCAGCUCCAGCUGCUGGAGAAAGAGGAAAAAGAGAACAUGAAGAAGCUGAGGGAAAACGAGAUCCACCUGACCCAGCAGGUCCGACACCUCAGCAAAAUGAUUGGGUGGAUUGAGUCCACCUGCCAGAACUCGACUCUGGAGUCUUUUGAGGAAGUCCAAGGUGCCAUGGACAGGUGUGAGUCCCUGUUGCUUCAGUGUCCAGAGACCACCAUCACACAACUGAGCCUCUGUCGAGUCACUGGGAUGAGGGAGAUGCUGAGAAAAUUCAGCACAGAUGUAACCCUAGAUCCAUCCACAGCCAAUGCCUACCUAGUUUUGUCUGAUGAUCUAAAAAGUGUGAGAUACGGAGGAACAAGACAGCAAUUACCUGACAACCCAGAAAGAUUUGAUCAGUCUGCAACUGUGCUGGGAGCCCAGCUCUUCACCUGCGGGAGACACUAUUGGGAGGUGGAAGUGGGAAAGAAGACUGAGUGGGAAGUGGGCAUCUGCAAGGACUCUGUGAACAGAAAGGGGAAUCUCCCGAAACCUCCUGGGGACCUCUUCUCACUCAUAGGCUUAAAAAUUGGGGACGAUUAUAGUCUGUGGGUUUCAUCACCCUUGAAAGGUCAGCACGUGCGAGAGCCUGUGCAUAAGGUGGGUGUGUUUUUGGAUUAUGAAUCUGGACACAUAGCAUUCUACAAUGUGACAGAUGAGUCCCUCAUCUACAGCUUCCCAUCAGCCUCUUUCCACGAAGCUCUCAGACCCAUCUUCUCCCCUUGUCUUCCAAAUGAAGGGACAAACACAGACCCUCUUAUCAUCUGCCACGUCUGA